GUCUCUGGCAGUGCCUGUCCACCUUGCUUAUGCUGGUUACAAGUGACAUAUAUACGCUGAUCAAUUAUGUUGGUUUCAUCAACUACCUCUUCUACGGAGUGACAGUGGCGGGGCAGGUAGUGCUCCGCUGGCGCGAACCCCAUCGGCCUCGUCCGAUUAAGGUGAGUCUGUUCUUCCCCAUCAUCUACCUGCUCUUCUGGGCCUUCCUCUUGGUCUUCAGCUUGUAUUCGGAACCCUUGGUCUGUGGCAUCGGCCUAGCCAUCAUGUUGACGGGAGUACCCGUCUACUUCCUGGGCGUCCAUUGGAAGAACAAGCCCCCGUCUUUCAACAGCAUGGUCGGUGAGUGUUGUCGUCGUCCCCCCCCACAAGGCAGGGAGAGCUGGGAUAGGCCGAAGAUGGGGGCUUUUUGCUCUAGAAGAGAAUAUUUGUAGCUCAGGGUUGAACUGGGAGGUCCUUGGUGCCCUCUUGAUAGUUAGAGAAUACCAUCUGUGUUAGAAGGGAGGGAG